UCCAAUGGACUUGUUGAUGCUUUUGCUGACCUCCCUGCUCUCUUUUCUGCUGGGCUAUUUGCGGUACCGCUUUAGCUACUGGGAACUGCGGGGAGUUCCCCAGCUAAGACCGCACUUUCUUUUCGGGCACUUCUUCAAGCUGCGGUCGUUGCACCUCAGCGAGCUCCUCCAGGAGACCUACGACGCCUUCAAGGGCAGUGCCAGGGUGGCAGGAACCUAUGUCUUUUUGCGACCCAUGGCCGUAGUUCUGGACAUGGACCUGGUUAAGUCGGUGAUCAUCAGGGACUUUGGCCAGUUCGUGGACCGGCGAAGCUUUCACGGUGAUUUGCUGACCGCCAAUCUGUUUAACCUUCAGGGCGAAGAGUGGCGCGCCCUGCGGACAAAGUUAUCACCCACAUUUACGAGUGGAAAAAUGAAGUACAUGUUUGGAACUAUUACUCAGGUGGCCCAGCAGCUAGAGGAGACAUUCGAGGAACUAGUUGGAUCUCAGGGUUCCAUUCUAGAGCUCCACGAUCUAAUGGCCCGCUACACCACCGACGUGAUUGGCAGAUGCGCUUUUGGUACCGAGUGCAAUAGCCUCAAGGAUCCGCAGGCGGAGUUUCGGGAGGUCGGGCGUCGGCUCUUCCGGAACAACAAUAAGAGCAUUCGGUGGCGCAUCUUCAAGAUGACGUACCUCAGCUCGCUGGCCAAGCUUGGUCUGCCGAUUCGAAUCUUUCACCCGGACAUUACCGACUUCUUCCUUCGCAUAGUCCGCGAAACGGUCGAGUUAAGGGAGCGCGAGCACAUCCGCCGGAACGACUUUAUGGACCUGCUGCUCGAUCUCAGACGCCAGGAGAAAGGGAGGGGACUCACCAUGGAACAGCUGGCCGCGCAGGUCUUUGUGUUCUUCGUGGCUGGAUUCGAAACGAGCUCUAGCAACAUGAGCUACGCUCUAUUCGAAUUGGCCAAGAACCAGGCUGUGCAGCAGAAACUGCGACUGGAGAUAAGCGACGUGAUGGCUAGACACCGAGAACUGACCUACGAGGCCAUGCUGGAGAUGCCCUACUUGGAUCAGACGAUCACAGAAACACUCCGCAAGUACCCUGCCUUGAGCUCGCUCACCCGCCUUGCCUCCGAGGACUACGAGAUUCCCUCCCGCGACGGCGGCGAUCCCGUCGUCCUCGAGAAGGGCACCACUGUGCAUAUUCCGGUGCUGGCCAUUCACUACGACCCCGCGAUCUACCCGGAGCCCUACGAAUUUCGACCAGAGCGGUUUGCGCCGGCUGCCUGCCAGCAACGACAUCCCACCGCCUUUCUGGGCUUCGGCGACGGACCGCGGAACUGCAUUGGUCUGCGGUUCGGGCGGAUGCAGGUGAAGGUGGGUCUGAUCGCCCUGCUCCGCCGUUUCCGCUUCAGCCUGCCGCCCGGAUCGCCCACUCAGCUGGCUGUCACCAAGACGAACGUGAUACUCCUGCCCAGCGGGGGCGUUCGAUUGCAAGUCGAUCCGGUGGAGUCGCGCCUAAUGUAAACACAACUCGGGACGGGAAUAAACAACGCAGCCUGCCGUUUCGUCAGCAGAAUAUUCAAUUAAAUUCACCCGUUCGACGGUCGAUUGAAAGCCAAACCAAAAUUUAUAGCAGCCGCAAAAGCUCCCUUCCCACGUCCCCAUUCCUACCCAUUUGCCACCCAAGGCUACUGCUCAGUUAUCCCAGAAUCCGACACCAUGGGCAUUAAAUCAACACGGGCGACACGGGUGGUGGGAGGUAGGGGAGGGAUCGGGGUCUGGGCAGCCAUGUGAGCCGACCAAAAGCCAUUGCGGUUCAGUUUGAUGCACUUCUCGGAUGGCCAGCCCCCCAACGCCGCCCAACCACCUUCGUUGAGUGUGUGUGAAUCGCCUGCAUAAAUCCAAACAUUUACAAUAUUUUGCUAAUUAGCAAAAUAUGUGUGAAUAAUGCAUUUAACCAAGGGGGCGGCACGGGAGCAGUGGACUGCUGCAUCCUGCAGGUGUCAUAUUAAAUUUAUGACCAGAGCUGCCCACACAAUCAAGAGACACUCAUGUAGACGGAGAAACUGUGACAAGUGCCAGCAGUGGACAGUCUCAACAUUUUGGCCAUUUUGGUGAUUAGUUGUGGACAAGCAGACGUUUCACUCCCGGCAUAAUGAGCAGCAUAAAUCAAUAAAUGAAA